GAAUGAGUGCGUGGGUGGCAGCCUAAUCUUAUGAGUGGCGAGACAGACACCACACUUCACUGUGAAGAUGGGAUGGAACAUGGUGUGGGGGGUGUCGACUUCUUUGAGGGGGGGCACUUCCGCAGCGAGGCACAGCAGUGGCACGUCUACCAAACAUACAACCAGAUGCUUAGCAGAUGUGUGUUUGCUUUUUGGCCACUCGCCUGUCGUGGUUGUUUCCAGUUGGGCCCAGUCCAACACUCGCAGAUGUAGAAUGACACUGACUUGCCUCUCGUCAUCAUCACUAGCUCCUACUGCACCCCUACCCCUCCUCCUCCUCCUCCCCCCUCCCUUUGCCCGCCCCAGUCCCAGUAGCCGCAGCAGUAGCCUACUAGACUGCUCCCUCGGAACACAACAAGCAGCACAGAUGCUUCUGCUGCACAGGAAUCGCUCACUCCUUAUUGCCUGUCGCACAAUCACCUCUAGUUGUAGUCAACUCACCCCUUACGCCAUCUCACCCGUGAGAUGUGCACUUAGCCUAAAGAGAAGUGCUAAGCGCAGCAGUAGUUCCAAUCAGUGGAAUGAUGCUAAUCGAACUGUCGAGGAGUGGAGCACUUCUCGGCACAGAUCACCCGCAGACUACAACCUCAACAUUCAAAAACAACCGAUGCCAGAUCUAACUGAGGCUCUGCAGGAUUUCCUGGACAAAUGCAAAGUAGUGAUGACUCCUGGGGAUUAUGAGAGACUGGAAAGUCUGGCAUGUGAGUUUGUGAAGUCGGGCAGGGGACCCAAUCUGUACGAGUGGUUCCGAGACGAAACCAGAGAUCACACUAACUGGAGUUUCAAGUACUGGCUGCGUGACAUGUACUUGCGGAACCAGAGUUCCCUGCCACUCAUGUCCAAUGCUGCCAUCUUUGUGGAACAGAACAACUACAAAGACAAAGAUCAAUGGCUCAGAUACGUGGCAAAGUUUGUGGUGCUUCUUCUGAACGUGCGAAUGCAGAUUAUUACAAAAACACUUCCAGUUGAGUACGUGCGAGCUCUCAUCCCCCCCGAAGGAGAUAAAGAGUCAGAGAGUGCACAGAGUGCUUCGGAGGAGAACAACAGUGCAGAGAGGGUGGAAGAAGAAAAGGAGAAGGGGAAGAUGCAGCCCCUGUGCAUGGACCAGUACACGGCAGCUGUGAGCAGCUACAGGAGGAGUGGGGCUGAGAUGGACACACACAUCAGAUACUCACUCAACCUGGAUGAGAACGAACCCACACACAUCAUUGUCGCACACAGGGGCCAGUGUUCGCCCUGAAAGUGGGCUGCAGUGGAGGAAGAGCAAUAGACGAACAGUCUCUGUUUGAGUCUCUCCAGAGGAUAGAGUCACACCAGCUGUCUCCUCCUCCUCCUCCUCCUCCUCCUCCUCCUCCUUCUGUUGCCGAUGAUGAUGAUGAUGCUCAGGUGGGGAUUGGAACUGCAGCGCACAGGAAAGACUGGUUUGAGCUGUCCCAGAAACUCUGCCAAAGCAAAGUGAAUAGAAAAAACCUGAACAUAAUCGAGUCCAGUUUCGCGCUGGUUUGUCUCGACACAGAAGAACCUUCAUCAGGCCAGAUUGGAACAGGGGUCAACAGAGGUCACAGUGAGAGCACUUUGAGACAGUUGCUGUUGGGAGGAGGGGACAAAAAUGUUGCCAACAGGUGGUACGACAAAGCACUACAGAUAAUAAGCAGUUCAAAUGGACUGUUCGGAGUGAACAUGGAACACUCGAUUGCGGAGGGGGUUGUGUGGCUGCGGGUCAUCCGAAUCAUCCAGCAGAUGAUCAAAGAUGAAGAGAGUGGAAGGAUGUCUUCAUCAGAUGACAGGUGGAAGUCCAAUGAGAUCCUGGGGUGUCCGAAGCCUCUCAUUUGGGACGUGGACUGCGAAGCCAGGGAGAAGCUACACGACAUAAAGACCAAGUUCCGCAGCCAAUCUUCCGAUGUCAAAAUGGAUCACAUCAAUUUGUUUGACCUGACCAAAGGAAUGAUCAAAAGAGCCAACAUCAAUCCAGACAUAUUCGUUCAGAUCAUGUUGCAACUUGCUUAUUACAGGACGCAUAAUUCACUGUGUCACUCUUACGAGAGUGCGUCACUACGGCGCUACGACAGAGGCAGAGCCGACAACAUCCGCUCGAACAGCGCAUCCACUCGGAGACUAAUCGAAGCCCUGACGAGUAGAAACUACCCCGAAAGAGUCACUGAUACUCGCAAACUACUGUAUGAGGCUUGUGAUGUCCAGCAGAAACAGAUAGACUCGGUGAUUCGAGGUCAAGGUGCCGAUAUGCUUCUGCAGUGCCUGAAAGACUUCUGUAGAGAGAAAAAUGUGGAGGAUGCAUUUCUCCAGUCGGAAGAGCUCGCUUCAACAUUCGACUUCAGACUCACAACCAGCCAAAUGAGUUCUGGCAAGUCGGAGCAGUUCGCGUACUAUGGCCCAGUGAGCCGGGAUGGAUACGGAGUGUGCUACAAUCUGCACGACGACCUCAUCAGUCUAGUGGUUUCCUCUCUCAAUUCUUCUCCCCAUUCACAGCAACAGCAAUUUGUAGAAGAAAUUCACAACGCCAAGAGAGCAUUGAAGCAACUGGCUUGUAUCCAGUAGCCUUUCUUCGACUACAACAACCGAAUAUCCAAAACCAUGAGAGCCAAUCAGACUUCAGUAUAAAAACUAACGAGAAGAGAGCAGACCUAUCAGCCAGCUUAAGAUAGUUUGGGGGACGUUGAGUGGUUGAAAGUUUUCGUGCACUUGGCUUCACUGUCAGUGAGAAUAUCUCCCAUAAAUGUAAAUUAACAGGGUCAGGUCAAAGGAUUUAUGGAAAAAUCUCCUUGUGAUUAUUACCCAAAUAGUGCUACAUAAAUAGUGAUAUAUAACAAUAGGUGGCAAAUACAACUCACAUAUAACUCAAUAGAGAAAACUUCACUUCGGUUCCCAUCGGAUUCUAACCCGUGUAUCUGUAUCUGGGUCACGAGUCAGACGAGAGAGGAGAAUAUCAAUGAGCCAUUCCAUUUCUAUUCAUGCGUAUCUUCCUUUUUCAAUUAACAUUUUGCUUCUUUCGGAUUAAACAUUAAAAUUGCACUUGCUAACGCAUCUAACUUAAGAACCAGAGGCCCGGGUUCAAAUCUAGCAAGGCACUUAAGUUUCGUAAAGGUUAGAAAGUUAACCUGAUAAUUAUUGAUUGACAUGUAUUAUUCAGAGUUGUAUUGUGUUGCAAUUAUGAAGUUCUAAAAAUGGCAAUUGACUCUAACUUACCAUUUCCUUGAUUUAAUAUAUGAAUUUCAUUAUUUACCACGUAUAUG